AUGGAGCGAUUCCUGGAGCUAUUAGAAGCACGGAAAAAUCCCUGGAGUAGGGAAAGGGGCCUCAUCACUGUCAGCAAUCACAUUUCUGUCCUCGAUGACCCCUUAAUGUGGGGUGUGCUGCCCCUGAAGAAUGACUUUGAGCCCUCCAACCUGCGCUGGGGUCUCGGUGCCCACGACAUAUGCUUCGCCAACAAGGCGCUCUCCACCUUCUUCAGCGUCGGUCAGGUUUUGCCGACUCAUCGGGGCUUUCACUCACCGCUGGGCGGCCUCUUCCAGCCGACCAUGACGCAGGCAAUCCGGCUGCUGUCCUCGGCGCCGUACACGCCCAAGAUCCCAGGGGAGACGGCCGAGGCACCCUCCCUCGCCAACGUGCGCUUUGACGUGCCCGACCCCUUCAGCACCGGGAGCCUGACGUACAGCACGACGGGGCAGGACCUGUUCGUCGCGCCCAGCGCCUACUGGCUCAACCGCCACAGCUGGGUGCACAUCUUCCCCGAGGGCGGCGUGCACCAGCACGCGACGCGCAGCAUGCGCUACUUCAAGUGGGGCAUCGCCCGCCUCAUCCUCGAGGCCGAGCCCAUGCCCGACGUCGUGCCCAUGUUCAUCGACGGCACCUGCGACAUGAUGCCCGAGGACCGGACCUGGCCGCGCUUCGUGCCGCGGGCCGGCAAGCAUGUGCGCGUGGCGUUCGGGGAGGCGGUGGACACCGAGAAGGUCUUUGGCGACCUGCGGACCAGGUGGCAGGGCCUCGUUGCGAAGUCGAGGAAGGCGGCGGCCGCUAAGCAGGAGAAAGGAGAUGGCUCAGCUCAGGGGAAGGAGGUCAUGCUCAUCGGCGACUUGCCCGAUGACCUAAAGUACAGCAAAGAGGCAGAGGAGAUCAGGAUAGAAGUCGCGCAACGAGUGAGGAACGAGGUGUUGAAGAGCAUGGUGUCCUCUUAUAUCGAGGCAUCUGUAAUGAUGAUAAACCAGUAA